AUGCCGCGUCUUGCUCCCGCCAAGGUGCCCCCGCUACAGUGCGAAUCCAGUGGCAGCUCGGCGGAUGGGUCUUCGAGCGAGGAGGCGGCUGGCCCGUACGCCAGCGAGCACAGCGAGCCGCACCCGCGCAACGACGACGGAUAUGAGGCCGACGUGGAGAUUGGAAGAUUGGAAGCUUCCGAAGCGUACAAAUUACGAAAACUCUCAGACUCCAUGUCAGUGCUUAGUGGCCUAUCCGCGGAGAGCCAGUCGCCGCUGGAGGCUAUCGGCGCCGAGUGCCCGCCGGAGAGGCCGGGCGAGCUGGCCCACCCGGAACUGUGCCUCAUCGUCGUCGACAUACUCACACAGCUCAUACAGAAGGUGGUGGGGGCCGGCGAGGGCGCGCAGGAGCGCCUGGGGCGCGUGUGCGUGGGGCUGGCGCGCGCGCUGGCCGCCCGGCUGGCGGGGGGCGGGGCGCCCCUCGCCCGGCUGGCGGGGGGCGGGGCGCCCCAAGGCCUGCUGCGCCGCCUGCUCGCGCCGCCCGCCGCCGCGCUGCUCGCCGCCGCCGACGCGCGCCUCGCAGAGCUGCAGCACAGCGUGCUGGAGCUGAUCCACGUGGUGGCGUCGCAGGGCAUAGAGCCCAACGAGCUGGCGGCGCUGCUGCAGCUGUUCGCGGCCGACGCGCCGCCGCUGGGGCCCCUGCUGGCCGCCCUGCAGCGGCUCGUGGCGGAAGCCGAGCCCUGCACGCCGGACUUCACCCUGACCUUCCCCGUCCGGCCGGACACCGAGCCCUGCGAAGCAGAACCAGAAGACCUCGACGAGGAGAGCGGUUCCCGCGCCAGUGCGGCCGAGCUGACCGCGCGACACCUUCAGCUGCCGCCCAUCAGACCUGGGUGCGCGGCCCGCUGCAGCCUGGACGGCGCCGGCUGGGCGCCCUGGCUGCAGGGCUUCGCGCUCGUGCUCUGGCUCAGGACCCUGCCAGAGGACAAGACGCGUGAGCCCGAGGGGGCGGAUAGUGGGGCGGAGGGCGUGGCGGGGGCGGGGGGGGGGGGGGGGGGGUGGCGGGCCCCUCUCGCACGUGGCGUCGCUGGGCCACGACUCGCUCAUGUUCGAGCUCUGGAUGGACGUCGCCACCGGACGUUUCGAGAGAGAGAAAGAAGAAGAAAGACGUACCGGUGUAUAAAGAUUGAGUGUUGCAAUGUGUGCGACGCAGGCGUGCCGACGGCGCGGCUGACGCGCGCGGAGGCGGGCGCGGGGGGCGGUGCGGGGGGGGGCGGUGCGGGGGGCGGUGCGGGGGGCGCAGGGGGCGGUGCGGGGGGCGCGGGGGGCGCGCGGGUGCUGUGCGAGGCGCGGGCGGCGUGCUCGGUCGCGCCGCGCCGCUGGGCCUGCCUGGCGCUGCUGGUGCGCGAGGCGGUGCUGCGCCGCCGCAUGCACAUACAGGUCACGUUCUUCCUCAACGGCCGCGAGUGCGACACCGUAUCUCUACCGCUGCCAGGCAUCCUGGUCCGCAAGGCGACGCCCACGUCGAUGCUGCUGGGGCAGGCGGUGGGCGGCGGCCCAGAGGUGGGCGUGGGCGGGCGCUGGCAGCUGGGCGGGCUCAGCGUGUACCGCUCGCCCGCGCUCACGGCGCCGCUGGCGCUGCACCUGGCGGCGCACGGGCCCGACCACGCCUGCCAGGUGCGGUGUGAGGAGCCCAACUUCGCCGCCAUCCUGACGCCCGAAGUCCUGGACACGAACGUCGACUGGGACCAGGUGUUCGAGCCGCCCAGCCCGGCGCUGCGGGACCUGCGCGCCGCCCUGCUGCUCUCGUUCGCCCCGCAGGCGCCUCAGUGGGCGCGCCUCCACUCGCAGCCCGCGCCCGCGGCUGGUGAGGGCCACCUCCUGGUCUUACCUUGUGUUUUGUGUGGAAGGGGUUGGGUAGACGGGCACCCCGUCGCCUGUGCAGCGUUCGGGCGCGGCGAGGCGAGCGAGCGAGUGCGCGUGCGGUGGGCGGGGCGGCCCUCGCCACAGCGCCACUCGGGCCUGGCGCCCGCGCUGCUGCUGCUGGGCGGGCCCGACCUGCUGCUCUACCUCUUCGCCAGGGUGGUGGAGUUGGGCGGCAGCGCGCAGCAGCAGGCCUUGGCGCUGGGCGUGGCGGUGCGCGCCGCGCGGGCCGACGCGCGCCUGCACGCCGCGCUCUUCGAGUCCGACGCGCUGGACAUGCUGCUGCCCGUGCUGGCCUCGCCGCGCUGCCGCCUCUCGCACCACAUGCUCAAGGAGAUCCUGGACGUGGCGUGCAGCAAGCCGCUGCUGGUGGUGAGCGGCGGCGUGGUGAGGCUGAGCGCGCGCACCGACUGCGCCCUGCUGGAGCCGCGGCUGCUGCUGCUGCUGCUGCGCGCCUGGCCGCACCUGCACAACGUCCAGGUGUCGUGGGAGGCGGAGGGCGGCUCCUCCACCGUGGACGGGUCCCUAUGGGCGCUGGCGCUGGAGGCCACGUGCGCGCUGCUGCGGGACGGGCCGCGCCGCGCCUUCAACCAGCAGCAGGCGGCGCGCGCCGACCUGCUGCGCCACCUGCUGCUCGCCUGCAAGGAGCGCUUCCUGAACUCCGACUGCGGCCCGCUGAGCGCCUCGGCCAGCGACAGCCUGGUGGAGCUGGUGCGCGCGCUCAUGGGCUCGCCGCCGCUGCUCUGCCACUUGGCGCUGCUCUGCGACUUCCUGCUGCUCAUGCAUCAGGCGAGCGACACGUUCGUGACUCACUCGCGGGCCAACUUCUACUUCCUCCUCACUUCGGAGUCGCCCGAGGCGAGCGAGUUCAACUUCCUCAACUUCAUGAACAAGCGCAAGAACAAGGAGUACAAGCUGAAGAGGGACUUCGAGAGUCUCACCAUCAACGAGUCCGUGGAGGACGGCAACCUCGCCGGAGACGGUGAGCUCCUACCGCCGAAGGAUCUGACGCCGACGCAGGACAAUUUGGACAGCGACAGGACCGACGCGGAGGAGAGCAGCGCCGACUCCACCAAGGAGAUGAAGGGCAUCAUCAACGCGCACCUCAAGGAGGGCAGGAAAGAAAACGGAAUCGUUCCCGAAAACAAUGGCGUUCCAGUUGGAUCACCGGGCGGCACCGAGGGGGCGGACGCACUCAACGGCUACGUGGUGGUGGACGAGGACGAGCUGCGGCACACCACCGUCGAGUUCUACACCAGCGGCAUCUACCAUCAGCGGCGGGUGCGCGCCGGCGCCGAGCCCGGCUGGACGGCGUGCGCCGGCCUGCUGCUGCUGCUGCGCGACGCGCUGGCCGCGCUGCCCGACCGGCUGCUGGCGCAGGUCAACAAAUACGCCGACGUAUCGAUUUAUAUG